UGUGACGCCGCCUCCCCCGCUGUGUUUUGGUUUGCGACAGGAGAGGGAGGUUUGGCUGCUCUGGCAUCGGUUCCGCUGUCUCCGAGUGACACAAGAUCGGUGACUCAGAUGGACCAGUCCUCUCAGUCGUACACACUUGCCAACUUGACUCAUCUGCACUCGGAACAGCUUCUACAGGGCUUGAACCUCCUCCGUCAGCACCAGGAACUCUGCGAUAUCGUCCUGCAAGUCGGCGAUGUCAAGAUCCAUGCCCACAAAGUGGUGCUGGCGAGCGUCAGCCCUUACUUCAAAGCCAUGUUUACCGGAAACCUUUCCGAGAAAGAGAACUCGCAAGUGGAGUUUCAGUGCGUCGACGAGGCUGCCCUGCAGGCCAUCAUCGAGUAUGCCUACACGGGGACGGUCUUCAUAUCCCAAGAGACGGUGGAGUCUCUCCUUCCAGCGGCGAACCUCUUCCAGAUCAAACUAGUGCUGAAGGAAUGCUGCGCGUUCCUGGAGAACCAACUGGACGUGGGCAACUGUAUUGGCAUAUCGCGCUUCGCGGAGACGUACGGCUGUCACGAACUCUACCUAGCUGCCAACAAGUUCAUUUGUCAAAACUUUGAGGACGUUUGCCAGACGGAGGAAUUUUUCGAGCUCUCGAACAGCGAGCUGCAUGAGAUCGUCUCGAACGACUGUUUGAAUGUUGUGAACGAGGAGUCUGUCUUUUAUGCACUAGAGUCUUGGAUCAAGUACGACGUGCAGGAGAGGCAGAAGUACCUGUCUCAGCUGCUGCACUGCGUCCGGCUGCCUCUGCUGAGCGUCAAGUUUCUUACUAGGUUGUAUGAAGCAAAUCACCUUAUACGCGAUGACCACACAUGUAAACAUUUGCUGAACGAAGCUCUGAAAUACCAUUUUAUGCCUGAACACAGACUCUCCCAUCAGACGGUGCUAAAGACUCAGGCUCGCUGUGCCCCCAAGGUGCUUUGUGCCGUCGGAGGAAAAGCCGGACUGUUUGCUUGUCUUGACACAAUGGAGAUGUAUUUUCCUCAGGAUGAUUCAUGGAUCGGGCUGGCCCCACUCGGCUCCCCUCGUUACGAGUUUGGAUUAUGCACCCUGGACCAGAAGCUUUACGUAGUCGGGGGGAUCGCAACUCACAUGCGCCAGGGCAUCAAUUACAGGAAGCAUGAGAGCUCUGUGGAGUGCUGGGACCCUGUCACAAACAAGUGGACGUCUGUGGAGCGAAUGAAUGAGUCUCGGAGCACUCUGGGGGCGGUAGUCUUAGCGGGGGAAAUGUAUGCCUUAGGUGGGUACGACGGGCAGUCGUGUUUACAGUCGGUGGAGAAAUACAUCCCAAAGGCCAAGGAAUGGCAGCUCGUGGCACCGAUGAACCAAACAAGGAGUUGCUUCGCUGGUGCCGUGUUGGAUGGGAUGAUUUAUGCCAUUGGCGGUUACGGCCCCGCUCAUAUGAACAGCGUGGAGCGCUACGAUCCUAGUAAAGAUUCCUGGGAGAUGGUGGCGUCGAUGGCCGACAUACGAAUUCAUUUUGGCGUCAGCGUUAUGCUGGGCUUUAUUUACGUAGUAGGUGGCCACAAUGGCGUGUCCCACCUCUCGAGUAUCGAGAGGUACGAUCCCCAUCAAAACCAGUGGACUGUUUGCCGACCGAUGAAGGAGCCUAGAACAGGUGUCGGCGCUGCGGUUAUCGAUAACUACCUCUAUGUGGUUGGAGGACAUUCUGGGUCUUCGUAUCUGAAUACCGUGCAGAAGUAUGACCCCAUCUCAGACAACUGGCUGGAUUUAGCUGGAAUGGCGUAUUCUCGUUGUAAUUUUGGUUUAACCGCCAUCUGAUGAGAAAAAAAAAAAGAGAGAAAAAAAAAACAUGAACACAAGCACAGUGUAAUUAUAAUAUAUCUCUGCAUGAGAGGAUGUUCAAGGUUUUGUGAGCCAGAAGCUGCACCGGGAAGGCAUGGAGAUGAAUGGAAGAUCGCUUAUGUUAAGAUCAGACUGGUCACUCAUACUCAAUGGGCGCUAAACCAGGUUUGACCGCGUAAUCCCAAUGUUCCUGCAGUACGGAAAAAAAAACAAAAAACAAGAGAGAGAGAUGAAAUUAGAAGUUGUGAGGAUUCCUUUUACAUCAUCAAACCCUAAAAUGAGGUUUUUAGAAUGGGGAAACAUGAUUAAACGUUAAAA